UGUGAGCCGAAGAAGAAAUUUCCAGAAAAACGUGAUUUGCUCUUUCUUAAUAUAGCAAUGGAAGAAAUGCUUCAGUGUUAUAAUAAGGGAUGUGGAUCGAAGUAUGAUCCAUCGAAAAAUGAAUCUGGUUCUUGCCAUUAUCAUCCUGGUGUACCUGUGUUCCAUGAUGCAUUAAAGGGUUGGUCUUGCUGUAAGAAAAGAAGUACAGAUUUUACAGAAUUUCUCAACUUUCCUGGUUGUACAUCUGGUCAGCACAGCAAUGAGAAACCUAAGGAGCCAGAAAAACCUAAACCAGCUGUAGAUAUACCAGAUACACCUGUAGAGGUAGAAGAAAAGCCUAAGCCUGAAAUGAUGAAACAGAAAUUUGAAGAAAGUGAGCGACCCUCUGAAGAUGAACCAUUACAAAGGUUAAAGGUCACAGUAACACCUUCAUUACAGAAAGCACUGGAUAAAUGCCUGCAAGAAAUGUCUAUACAAUGUGAUAAAGAUAAAGAUAUGGCAAAUGGAGAGAAUGAAAUAAAAGUUGGAACAACAUGUAAAAACAACAGCUGUAAAGCAACAUACCAAUCUGAAGAGAGUAAUAAAGAAACAUGUCAAUAUCAUCCUGGUGUGGCUAUAUUCCAUGAAGGAAUGAAAUUUUGGUCUUGCUGUCAAAGAAAAACUUCAGAUUUUACAAAUUUUCUUGAUCAAGCAGGCUGUCAAAAUGGUUCACAUUUAUGGAUAAAGAAAGAGACUGAAGACACAAAGAAGAACUGUCGACAGGAUUGGUUCCAGACCGGUCCUAAUGUUAAUAUAUCAGUGUUUGCUAAAGUUGCUGUACCAGAAAAAACUUACAUAGAAGUAAAUCAAGUUGUCUGCAACAUUCAUAUAGUGUUUGAAGGAGGAAAAAGUGUUUAUGAAAACAAAUUGAUUUUACGGAAUCCUAUUGAUCCAGAAAAAAGUGAAGUGAAACUUUUAGGAACUAAAGUUGAGAUAAUUCUACGUAAACAGGAAUCAUUUAGCUGGCCAUGUUUAGAAAUGCCUGUAACAUCUCCACCCCAACAAGAAGAUAAAGACUCUGAUUCUGAUGUUAUAGAUAGUGAUUGAUGAUAGAAUAUAUAUAUAUAUAUAGACAACGAAUGGUAAGAUUGAUGUGAAGAUGAUGAUUGAGUGAUGAAUCUGAUUGAUGUAGUGAUGAUACAAAUGGAAGAUUUCAACUUUGUACACAGCAGCAUUCUUUUCUUGUUGAACAAGCACAUAGCUCAAGAGUGCUCACUGAAUCAUUUUAAGAUGUCAUUGGUCAUCAGAUGU